AUGUCAGAGUCCACGGACUUGAGUUUGAGGAGGGUGGUGGUGGGCGAGACUGAUACUGCUGGUGAGGCUGCUAGUGAUGCCCCUGCUGCCUAUUCGGGUAAACUUCAUAAUGGACAAGAAAUAGCUGUGAAAAGGCUAUCAAGAAGCUCAGCUCAAGGUACAGAAGAAUUUAAAAACGAAAUUGCCCUGGUUGCUAGGCUUCAACACAGAAACCUCGUCCGACUACUUGGUUUCUGCUUGGAAGGAGAAGAAAGAAUACUCAUCUAUGAAUUUGUGACCAACAAAAGUCUUGACUACUUUCUCUUUGACCCAGAAAAGCAACCAUUGUUGGACUGGUCAAGACGAUACAAGAUCAUAGGAGGAAUAGCAAGAGGAGUUCUUUAUCUUCAUGAAGAUUCUCGACUUAGGAUUAUACAUCGUGAUCUUAAAGCCAGUAACGUAUUACUAGACAGAAAUAUGAAUCCAAAGAUCACUGAUUUUGGCAUGGCAAGGCUCUUUGGAGUUGAUCAAUCUGAAGGAAAUACAAGUAAAAUCGCAGGGACAUAUGGUUACAUGGAUCCUGAAUACGCAUUGCACGGUUUGUUCUCUGUAAAAUCAGACGUGUUCAGUUUUGGUGUUCUAAUAUUAGAAAUUCUAAGUGGCAAGAAAAACAGUCAGUUCAACCAAGCUCAUGGAGGAGAUGACCUUCUAAGCUAUGCUUGGAGACAAUGGAGGGAUGGAACACCAUUAGCAUUGGUAGAUCCAACAAUCGGAGAUGCAUAUUCAAGAAAUGAAGUUAUUCAAAGCAUCCAUGUUGGCUUGCUAUGCAUUCAAGACGAAAUUGAACAAAGGCCAACCAUGGCUUCAGUAGUUCUCAUGCUCAACAGUAUCUCUAUAACGUUGCCUGCACCUAAUCCGCCUGCAUAUUUUGGUAGUAGUAGAACACAAAGCUCACCUAACGAUUUACCAGUAUCUGAUACAUCUACAAGCACCAAGUCACCACCAAACCCGUCUAUCAAUGAUGUUUCAAUCACUGAGUUACAUCCCAGAUAAACAAUAGCAGAA